AGACAAUACAUCCAUUCGUCAGUUUUCGGGCGAGGAGGCAGCGCAGUUUGCUGUUUUAUUGAGUGGACUGCCAAAAAGCGAAAACUGAAAAAUGGCAAAAACCCUUACGCCUUCCCAAGCAACUAAGGAACAUGUCUUGGCUGUAUCCCGGGACUUCAUAUCCCAGCCCCGUCUCACCUACAAGACGGUGUCGGGUGUGAACGGACCUCUGGUCAUCUUGGACGAGGUCAAGUUCCCCAAGUUCUCCGAGAUCGUGCAGCUCAGACUCGCUGAUGGCACUCUCCGCUCCGGUCAGGUGCUCGAGGUCAGCGGCACCAAGGCCGUGGUCCAGGUGUUCGAAGGUACAUCAGGUAUCGACGCCAAGAACACUCUCUGUGAGUUUACCGGCGACAUCCUGCGUACUCCCGUGUCUGAAGAUAUGUUGGGUCGUGUAUUCAACGGCUCCGGCAAGCCCAUUGACAAGGGUCCCCCAAUCCUCGCCGAGGACUUCUUGGACAUCCAGGGACAACCCAUCAACCCAUGGUCCCGUAUCUACCCCGAGGAGAUGAUCCAGACUGGUAUCUCCGCUAUUGACGUGAUGAACUCCAUCGCUCGUGGUCAGAAGAUCCCCAUCUUCUCCGCUGCUGGUCUGCCUCACAACGAAAUUGCCGCCCAGAUCUGUAGACAGGCCGGUCUUGUCAAGAUCCCCGGCAAAUCAGUGUUGGAUGACCACGAGGACAACUUCGCCAUCGUGUUCGCCGCUAUGGGUGUGAACAUGGAAACCGCCCGGUUCUUCAAACAGGACUUCGAAGAGAACGGUUCCAUGGAGAACGUGUGCCUGUUCUUGAACUUGGCCAACGACCCUACCAUUGAGAGAAUUAUCACACCCCGUCUGGCUCUUACUGCCGCCGAGUUCUUGGCCUACCAGUGCGAGAAACACGUGUUGGUCAUCUUGACUGACAUGUCCUCAUACGCCGAGGCUCUGCGUGAGGUAUCCGCCGCCCGUGAGGAGGUGCCCGGACGUCGUGGUUUCCCAGGUUACAUGUACACCGAUUUGGCCACCAUCUACGAGCGUGCCGGCCGUGUGGAGGGCAGGAACGGCUCCAUCACCCAGAUCCCCAUUCUUACUAUGCCCAACGACGACAUCACCCAUCCUAUUCCUGACUUGACGGGUUAUAUUACUGAGGGACAGAUCUACGUAGACCGUCAGCUCCACAACAGACAGAUCUACCCGCCAGUGAACGUGCUGCCCUCUCUGUCACGUUUGAUGAAGUCUGCCAUCGGUGAGGGCAUGACCCGCAAGGACCACUCUGAUGUCUCCAACCAGCUGUACGCUUGCUACGCCAUCGGUAAGGACGUGCAGGCGAUGAAGGCCGUCGUCGGUGAGGAGGCGCUCACCCCUGAUGACUUGCUCUACCUCGAGUUCCUCACCAAGUUCGAGAAGAACUUCAUCUCCCAGGGUAACUACGAGAACCGCACAGUGUUCGAGUCCCUGGACAUCGGUUGGCAGCUGCUGCGUAUCUUCCCGAAGGAGAUGUUGAAGCGUAUCCCCGCCUCCAUCCUCGCCGAGUUCUACCCGCGCGACUCCCGCCACUAGGACCCUCACUACACACCACACGAGUCAACGCCUCUCGUGUAAACUGUCGCCGACCGAUGCGCACCGCCGUGCCCGCUGCGACCGUAUUCUUGUAAGAUAAUACUGUUUAAUAGUAAGUUGUUAAUAGUUUAUUAUAAUGUGUAUUACAUACAUGUAUUAUGAUCAUGUGCAAAAUUAUAUAAACACGUUUAAAUCUUAAGUAACAGCCGUCGUAAUGCUGAAUACCGACUUGUGUAUAUAUUUUCACGUUAUACUCUAGAGAAUGUACUGAGCGGUUAAAUUAUUAUAUUUUGAAUAGAUGCCAUUAUUUGUCUUUUAUUUUGGUGCUUCGUAACUUUCAGAUAUUACUCGAACAAUAUUUAGCUAAAGGUAAAGGCAUUUUUGUGCACAAAUUGUUGACAUGUGUUCAAAUUAUAUGUAAUAAUCAAAUCUGUUGUAAACCAAGAUGUUACUAUUUAUUGUGUGAUAUCGCUUGAAACUUCGCCGUUUGUGAUGUGAAAGAUAUUUAUGUAAAUAAUGCAAUAGCCCAGUAACGAGACGUUACAUUCCAAAAUUGUUUUCCUGUUCACUCCAAGGCUAGAUUCUGUAUUCAGCUAAUAAAAGUGAAUUAGGAUACUGUUGUUUUCAAUGGAAAUAAAAUAUAGAAAGUUA